AUGUAUACCAUUGGUACACAAACAUAUAUUACCUUAGCACUACUAGUAGCUUUAGAAAAAUUGAUGUUGAUAAAUUCGCCCUUUUUCUUACUAACAUUUGGUACAGGCUUGAUCAGAUCAUCCUCUUCAGUUUCAAGCAACUGUUGUAUAGUACACCACACAUCACCUCCUAGUGAUCCAGCAAAAAACCUAGCUAGAAAGUGGUUCAAUUGGCAUAUGUUGAGGUCAUCAGCAAAACAGCUGUCUAUGGAAUCAUACGUAAACUCAAGCAACCUAACAAUUUUUUUGCUGAUCAGCAAAGUAUCAUCACGGGAAGCCAUAACAUCUGGCAACAUGAACAGAAGCAACUUCGAACCAAAGUUGUUGUAUGCAAUGUUUUGUGGAGCAUUUGAGUUAGCCUUAAGGGGUCACGAUGAAAAGGAAAAUUCGGAAAACAGAGGCAUAUUUAAGGAGCUGGUGAAUUUUAGCGCCGAAUUAGACAACGAAUUGAAAGUCCAUAUUCAAAGUGCCAAACUUUUCAAGGGUACCUCAAAAACAACUCAAAACGAGCUUCUUGAGUGCAUGCUAGAUGUUUAUCAUGGAGAAGUUAAGAAGGAGAUUGCAAAUUCUCCUUUUGUUGCAGUAAUUGCCGAUGAAACGACUGACGUAGCCUGUGAAUUUCAAUAUUUGUGUAAAGGACAACCAGUUGAGAGAUUUUGGAGAUUUUACGUCCCCGACGGACACGAUGCCAAAUCAAUCGCUGCAUGCGUUUUAAAUGUUGUAAAUCCAUUAAUAGAUCAAAAUCCAAACAAAUUAAUAGCUCAAAGCUAUGAUGGUGCGUCUGUUAUGAGUGUUUAUGAAAAUAGGAAAGACCUGAUUGAAGUUAUGGACAAUAUAGAAAGUACUUCACGCGAUUCUUCGUCGAUUAAUCAAGCCAGUGGGUACAAAUUAAAGCUGCAAGAUACAAAUUUUGUAUUUUGGCUAAGUAUAUUCCAUAAAAUAAUGCCACAUGUUGAAAUUGUCUUUAACCAAUUACAAAAAGUAUGCACCGAUUCUGUUAAGGUCAAAAAUGAUUUAGAGAAUUUUGAAGCAGCAAUUCAAACUAUACGAGAACAAAUGGAUAGCAUUAUUGACGAGAUUGAACGAGUGCAGAGAGAAACUGAUGAACCGGCAAGAAAAAAAGGCAAGUUGAAGAAGGCAGCAAAAAACGGGAAGCGUUAG